AUGUGGCCUUCUCAAUUAUUGUGUCUUGCUUUGCAAGCGACAGGAGUCUUAUCGCGCCCUGCUGAGCCUACCCACGAAGAGUACCCAUCGCCACAAGGCGAAGGCAGAGGCAUCUGGAAGAGCGCCUACUUCAAAGCCCAAGAAUUUGUCGCGCACUUGACGCUUGAAGAAAAAGUCAAUGUGACGCGUGGUUUUGCUGCCGACAACGUCUGCGCUGGUAACACUGGAACGAUACCGCGUUUAGGAUGGCCGGGAUUAUGCCUCCACGAUGCCGGCAAUGGCGUCAGAGCAACUGACCUCGUGAAUUCGUACCCAUCUGCUUUACAUGUUGGUGCAAGUUGGGAUAAGAACUUGACGUACCAGAGGGGCUACUAUAUGGGAAAGGAGUUCAAGGCCAAAGGAGUAAAUGUCCUGCUUGGCCCCAACGUUGGACCUCUGGGAAGAACACCACUUGGUGGUCGUAACUGGGAAGGCUUCUCAGUCGAUCCUUACCUCACAGGCAAACUCAGCGCAGAAUCCAUCAUCGGACACCAGGAUGCUGGAGUCAUCGCCAAUGUUAAGCACUUCAUCGCAAACGAGCAAGAGACUUAUCGUCGCCCAUAUCACGGCAUUGAGGCAGUCUCCUCCAACAUUGAUGACAAAACUCUUCACGAGUACUAUCUCUGGCCUUUCGUCGAUUCCGUCAAAGCAGGCGUUGCAUCGGUCAUGUGCGCGUAUAACCGCGUGAACGGCACCUAUGCUUGUGAGAAUAGUAAGUUGAUGAAUGGAAUUCUCAAGUCUGAGCUUGAAUUCGACGGGUUUGUACUGUUGGAUUGGAAUGCCCAGCACAAUCUUGAAAGCGCAAAUGCAGGACUCGACAUGGUUAUGCCUAUGGGGGGAUUCUGGGGAGAGAACUUGACCAUGGCGGUCGGAAAUGGUAGUGUCAAGGAGGACAGAGUUACUGAUAUGGCUACCAGAAUCCUCGCUGCUUGGUAUCUCGUUGGCCAAGACAACGCCUUUCCAACUCCUGGUAUCGGAAUGAAGAAUCUCUCCCUUCCCCACGAACAGGUAGAAGCUCGAAUUCCCGAAUCACGACCAACUUUACUCGAAGGCGCCAUCGCAGGACAUGUACUUGUCAAGAAUGAGAACCACGCGCUUCCUUUCAAGAAGAACCCCAAGAUGAUCUCUGUCUUUGGAUAUGAUGCUACGGUUGCCAAGACCAAGAACACCGGCAAACUAUUCGAGCUUGGAUAUGCGUCUUCGCCAGAGAUGGGGCAAGCUGUUCUUGGCGAUGAACAUCACUUCGAUCAAGCUGCCAGAGGAGGAACCAUCGUCUCUGGUGGAAGAGCUGCUGCCAAUUCACCUCCAUACAUCAGCGAUCCCCUCAGUGCUAUUCAGCAAAGAGCCUCUAAAGACGGAGGUUGGGUCAACUGGGAUCUCUCUUCCCCUGAUCCGGAUGUCAACGGCGCAAGCGACGUCUGCCUUGUCUUUAUCAACGCCAUGGCGACAGAAGGCUGGGAUCGCGAUGGUCUCCAUGACGACUUCAGCGAUGGUCUGAUUCUCAACGUCGCAUCCAAGUGCGCAAACACUAUCGUAGCCAUUCAUGCGGCUGGUAUUCGUCUGGUCGACCAGUGGAUCGAGCAUCCCAACAUCACGGCUACCAUCAUCGCUCAUCUUCCCGGCCAAGAUAGUGGUGAAGCACUGGUGAAACUGCUAUAUGGCGAAGCCGAUUUUUCGGGAAAGCUACCUUACACCAUUGCGAAGAAUGAGAGCGACUAUACACCGUAUGCGCCCUGUGGACGAGAGGGAGAUAGUACGGACCCUCAGUGCGAUUUUACAGAGGGUGUCUAUCUUGAUUACCGCUCUUUCGAUGAUCGGGAUAUCGCACCGAGAUACGAGUUUGGCUUUGGUUUAAGUUACACCAAGUUCGACUACUCUUCACUAUCCGUGAAGGUUGGUCAGACAGCAUCUUCUGCCGCCCCUGGCGAUAUCUGGGAAACAUAUGCCACUGUUCAAGCAACAAUUUCCAACAUCGGUGAGAGAAGUGGCGAAGAGGUUGCACAACUCUACAUUGCUAUACCCAACAGCCCACCCAAGCAACUCCGAGGCUUUGAAAAGGUGAGACUGGACAAGGACGACUCUGUUGAGAUCCCAUUCGAGAUCACGAGACGAGAUCUCAGCGUUUGGGAUGUCGUCAAGCAGGACUGGGUACUACAGUCUGGCAACUACACGAUCUUUGUCGGCGGAAGCAGUCGCAAUCUUCCAUUGACGGAAUCCUUUACCAUCAAUGGUUAA